AUGACCAGUAGAAGGGCUCUGAUCUGCGGCUGCUGGCUGCUGCUCCUCAGCCCCUGCCUCGCCUCCGGGGCCGCCCUCCAGCCGCUGCACUGCGCCCCUUGCACGGAGGAGAAACUGGCGCUGUGCCCGCCGGUGGCUGCCGCUUGCCCAGAGAGGACCCAUCAGCCGGGCUGUGGCUGCUGCCAGACUUGUGCCCUCCAGCUGGGGGAGGCCUGUGGGGUGUACACAGCGGGCUGUGGCCGGGGGCUCAGCUGCCAGGUGCGGCCAGAGGAGCUCAGACCCCUGUAUGCCCUGACCCGUGGGCAAGGGGCAUGCCUGCCAACAGCAGAUGCAGAAGGGAUGCAGAUGGUAGAGGCUGCAGACUCUCUGGAACCUGAAGAUGCACCUCUAGAAAGUACUGAAAUAACACAGGAUCAGCUGUUUAACUAUCAACUGAUGUUUCCCACUGGCCUGGACAAGUCUGGGCCUUGGAACGCCAUCAGUGCUUAUGAAAACAUGAAAGCAAAGAGAAUCACCGAACUAAAGAAAUGGAAGGAGCAGGGGCCUUGCCAGAAAGAUCUCUACAGAGCACUGGAUAAACUAGCUAAAGCUCAACAGAGAGCUGGAGAAGACAUAUACAAAUUCUAUUUACCAAACUGCAACAAGAAUGGAUUUUACCACAGCAAACAGUGUGAAACUUCGCUGGCUGGAGAGCCUGCUGGAUGUUGGUGUGUCUAUCCAAGGAGUGGGAAAAGAAUUCCUGGCUCUCCUGAGCUGAAAGGCGACCCUGAAUGCCAACAGUAUCUCAGCUCACAAGAGUAAGACCAAACACAUGAUGGCAUUUCCAUUCGCUCAUACGAAGUCUGUUGCAGGGCCUGAUCCUGCCAUCAUUUAGGCCCGAUUCACCAAAGUACUUCAAUAUGUGCCAACUUUAAGCAUGUGAGCAUGUGGUAAGGCUCACUCCCACAAGGAGUACCACUGAAUUCAGCAGGACUACUCAUAUGC